UGUUCCAGCUUAAUUAAAUCGAUGGGUCUCUUUAUAGAGCUGUUUUCACUGUGUUAUUUUCGUAAACUUGUACAUACAUCAAGUGUUUAAAUGUUGUUCAUUUUAAACACUUUAACUUUAAUCAAAUUUAUAAUUUGUGCAUAGUUUUAUAGAUGAGUCAUGAUGGCAUAAAUAAUUGAAUCAUGAUCAGUUACCCCUUGCAUUUUGCAUUUAACAGUGACACUGACUCUGAGUCAACUGACUUAAGUCACUGACAUUCGUCACAUAGGCCUACAUAGGUAGUAACCACCCAUUUUUGUAUGACUGAUUUGGACAGUCAUUGAGUCAAGUUGAAUGCCGUUUAGGGUAAUUAAUCUACUGUUAUUAUCAGAGUAAGCUGAUUAAAAAACUCCAGACUUUAUCAAGUAAACUUGUGAUCUGAACAAAGUGAACUACUGCACAAGGAUGCAGAAACCGCUACAAAGUUGAACGUAUGGAACUUGGAAGGGAUAUAUCCAUACUUAAAAGAUCUGUGUUGUUGAAUCUCUUGAUGAUAGAGUAUUACAACUGAAUAAUGGAAAUAUCUCAGAAGAUUGGAAGUUCCAGUGAGGAUGAACCAACUGAGUGUAAUGUGCUGUUAGCAUCUUCAGAGCAUGGCGUGUCAAGUGUCAAACAUCCCAUCGUACCGGACAGAGAAACUAAUCUUGGAGAUAUACCUGAGGACAGGUUCUAUGGAGUCUAUUUUAUAUUUUUGUUUCUUGGGAUGGCUUCCCUUUUACCCUGGAAUUUUUUCAUCACUGCAAAGUCUUAUUUCCAGUUUAAGCUGCGUAACACCUCGAUUCCGGCGUCCGAAUUUAAUGAUCCCGAUGAAGAGACAAACCUUCAGAUUUUAUUUGAAAGCUAUCUCGCCACCUCUUCCACAAUCACCAACUUGACAUGUGUGUUUUUAACUGCCAUCUUUGUUAGAAAGAUACCACUAAAAGUGCGAAUGAUUGCUUCACUGUGUCUUGUAAUCUGUUUGUUUGGACUCACAAGUGUGCUUGUUAAACUCGACUCUAAUAACUGGCAGAAAACAUUUUUCAUUGUCACCAUUGCUUCUGCAGCUGUGAUAAAUGGGGGAACUGCUAUCCUGACAGGCUCAAUAUUUGGAUUUUCUUGUCGUUUUCCAAGAUCUUACACACAGGCGUGUAUGAUGGGUCAGGCCAUUGGAGGGACCUUCGCAGCUGUAGCUGGCAUUCUGGCUUUAGCUGGAGGAUCUUCAGUGAUUGAUAGUGCAUUCGGAUAUUUUUUAACUGCUACAGUUAUUAGUGUUGUCAGUUUGCUUGCAUAUAUAUUGUUAUAUUAUCUGCCAUUUUCAAAAUAUCACAUGACUGAAGUAGUUUCAGGUGUAAAAAGUAUAAAUAAUGAUGAGUCUCAUACUGUGCCUCAGGGACAUUGUGAAUUUUAUGGAGAAAUUAUUAAGCAGAUUUGGAAGCAAGGUGUCUGUGUGUGUAUUGUAUUUACCAUCACACUGGCAUGCUUCCCUGCAGUGAGUGCUUCCAUUAGAUCUGUUACUUAUGUCAAAGGAGACAGCUGGACAGAUAAAUAUUUUACCCCUGUCAUAUGCUUCCUGUUAUUUAACCUUGGAGACUGGGUAGGAAGGACUGCAACAUCGUGGAUCAGUUUGCCAAGUGACCGCCAUUCAUACAUUAUGUUGCUGCUGUGUUGUCUUAGAGUGGCCUUUAUUCCUUUACUCAUGUUCUGCAAUGCUGAACCUCGCAGUCACCUAAAUGUGGUUUUCGAUCAUGACGCGUGGCCCAUUACAUUCAUCUUACUUCUGGGCCUCACGAAUGGAUAUUUUGGAACCAGGGUUAUGAUAUAUGCUCCACAACGGGUUACAUGGGGUCAAGCAGAGGCUGCUGGUGUGAUAAUGGCGUUCAUGUUGACUUUGGGGCUGGCACUUGGUUCAGGCUUAUCCUUUCUGAUAGUCAAGCUGCUCUGAUUUUAGGCAUCUCUGUGUAGACAUCAUUUCACUGAACAGGCAUGGUGCUUUUAUUCAAAAUUUUAAACAAACUAUCUAAACAAGGACUAAACAACUCUACAUUUACAACAGCCAACCAGGAUCUAAGGUUGACAAUAGUCACUUUUCGCACCGUUGUUUUGGCUUCAUACGUAUUAAAUACAACAUAUCUUGCAAUUGGUAAUGCUGUGGAGUUUUUAAUUUUCCAUGGCACCUUUUUUGCUAUGGACUAUAUUUGAUUUGAUAGGUAGGCAAGACAUUUAUGUAUGCAGAAUUCUGGUUUUUAAUUGCAAGAUUUUCUUUAUUCACAUUCGGGUGCAUUAGUAAUUUUCAAAAAAUAAAGAAUUCAAUUAUAGUAAUUCUAAAAAUGGAAGCAUCAUGUACCCAGUUUGUUGUAGGGAGAUGCAAAGUUACGUCAUGGGAAUACUGACCAGUGUUAUUCAAAAUCAAAUUUGGCUAUAAAAUAAAAAACCCAGUCUACUUGUCUGUUAAAAUUGUUCUGAGUUUUAUAUUAAGCAGACAACGCUGUUUACAUGUCAUUAUGUGUUUAUUUUUUAUAAUUUUAGACAAAAAUAAUAACUUUUAGAAGAUGUGGGGGGAGAGGGGAGUACCUUUUGUAAAAUAUAUCUUAUACAAAAACCUUUGGAUAUGUUAUAUGUAUUGAGUACAAAGCCAAAACAAUGGAGAGAAAAGUGACAGCUGUCGACUUUAAUUACUUGUCAAACACUGACAGACGUUUUACUGUUUACCUGUGUGCUUCAUUGAUGCUAGAUAUCCAGUCUUGAAACAUGGUGCAAUAUUAUUGUAUUUUGUCUUAUUUUACUAUGAAGUGACUGAGGUGUAUGUAUGCUCGUGUACAGUGAUAGUAAUUUGUAACCUUGACCUACUGAGUUAUUUUAUAAUUGUUUUUAAACAAAUGUAAAUUAACUGAUCCCAAUUACUCUGAUUAUAAUAUGUCUACUCUUAGCUUUUUAACAUUUUAAUGAUAUAACCUGUGAGUACUGCUAUAGCCAAUAUAUAUUCAUUGACAUUGUGCACAAUAAAGAUUAUUAUUGCGAUUUUGUUACAGAAUAAUAAAUAAUUAUUGUUCGU